GACAUCGGCUCUGCUUGACUUCCAUACCCUGUGGUGCUGGGCAGAGCGUUAUGGCUCAGACGCUGCAGAUGGCGAUCCCUAACUUUGGCAACAACGUCCUGGAGUGUCUGAACGAACAGCGGCUGCAGGGCCUCUACUGUGAUGUCUCCGUGGUCGUCAAGGGACACGCCUUCAAGGCCCACCGAGCGGUGCUGGCAGCCAGCAGCUCGUACUUUCGGGAUCUGUUCAACGCCGGGGGGAAGAGCUCCGUGGUGGAGCUGCCCCCCGCUGUCCAGCCGCAGAGCUUCCAGCAGAUCCUGGCCUUCUGCUACACGGGACGCCUCAGCAUGAACGUCGGAGACCAGUUCCUGCUCAUGUACACCGCCGGCUUCCUCCAGAUCCAACAGAUCAUGGAGAAAGGCACAGAGUUUUUCCUCAAGGUCUCAUCUCCAAGCUGUGACUCCCAGGGUCUCCACACUGAAGAGACCGAGCCUCAGAGCCCCGUCACUCAAACAAUGGGCGGAGGGGGCGGAGUCGGCGUCGUCCCCACAGCUUCGGGAAGGCCUGCCUCCUGUCUAACGCCCCUCCCCCUCGUAUCCAAGGUGAAGACGGAACAGACGGCCACCACACCUCAGCCAACACCUCAUACGCAACAGGAAGGCUCUCCCUACUCGGUGGUCUGCACCCCUGUGGCCAAACGUCUGUGGGAGGGGAGCAACCGCGAUGGAGGAGGGGGGUCAGGCGGGGGCGGGGGAGGCGGGAUGAGGAAGGCCGCACGCUACUCUUCCUCAUCCUCUUCAUCCUCGUCCUCUAACGUCGCCGCCCAGGACGCAUCCGGGCGCGGACCUGCAGCCAACGCCGGCCUGCUGGGAGGCGGCGGCAUCACUUCGGUGGGACUCAACAGUAACCAUAACAACAACAACCACAACCACAACCACAACGGCGGCACGCCCGAAGGCACGAGCCCCGGCACGCUCAGCAUGUACACCAGCGACUCGCCCAUCAGUUACCACGACGACGAGGAAGAGGACGACAUAGCGGACGAGAGCGCCGAGGAGCAGUACAGACAAAUCUGCAACAUGUACACCAUGUACAGCAUGCUGAACGCCGGCGCCGCAGUGGUGGGGGAGCGGGUGGAGGCUCUGCCAGAUUUGGCCCCGGACUCCGGCGGUGGACGGGGGGGCCGGGGUGGACGCUCCCGGCAGGACCUGGCGUCGCUGCCGGCGGAGCUCAUCAGUCAGAUCGGGAACCGCUGCCACCCGAAACUAUACGAGGAGGGCGACCCGGCCGAGAAGCUGGAGCUGGUGAGCGGCACCUCCGUGUUCAUCUCCCGCGCUCAGCUCAUGAACUGCCACGUCAGCGCCGGCACGCGCCACAAAGUGCUGCUCAGACGCCUGCUGGCCGCGUUCUUUGACAGGAGCACUCUGGCUAACAGCUGUGGAACCGGCAUCCGCUCUUCAACCAACGACCCGAGUCGUAAACCGCUGGACAACAGAGUGCUGCACGCCGUCAAAUUCUACUGCCAGAACUUUGCACCGAGCUUCAAGGAGAGCGAGAUGAACGCCAUCGCGGCCGACAUGUGCACCAACGCCCGACGCGUCGUCCGCAAGAGCUGGAUCCCCAAGCUCAAGCUGCUGAUGGCCGACAGCGACGCCUACUCCGCCUUCCUCGCCGACAGCGUGAAGAUGGAGGCCGAUGCGCUGGGGGCCGACCAGGGCUUCGACGCCGCCUCCCUGGAAGCGGUGGCGGCGGCGGCUGCAGCGGCGGCCAACAAUAAUAAUAACGAGGCGGGCGGAGGAGGAGGAGCCACGACGGCAGACAGCCUCCAGGGGACGGGAGGAGACGGCAGCACUUUGUUUUGA